GGAAGGGAAGGGGAGAAAGACAAAGAGAGCAAAGAGAGGGGGAGAGUCGAGGAGAGGAGAGAUCAGAGCUGCUCCCGCUCGUACCAUUGCCUGUGUCGUCGACGAGGCCAUACCAUUUCCGAGCGAGAAAAGCGAGGGAGGGAGGGAGAGUGAGGUAGGAGGGACGAGAGGAGGAAUGUUGGAGAUGCGCGAGGAGGGUGCUUGGCGUGCCGAUCAUGCGCGUAGGUAGGGGUCGUCGGGUCCCGUGGUUCUUCUUUGAGGAAGUGUAGAUGCUACACCAGGUGGACAGGCAGGCACGCACGCAGGGCUGGCUGAGAGCGUGAGUGAUGCUGCUGCUGCACGGGGGUUCAUCUAUCUGACGCUCAUCUGCGUCGUCGGCGCAUGGAAGCGUGAGUGCCUGGGAUGGAUGGGCCACUUCUUUUCGUGAAUGCUGUGAUAAUGCGUUUGUGAUUAAUGGCCCUUGUCUUAGUUUAGAGGCCGUGAGGACGAGGACGAGGACGAGGAGGAUUUCGUACCCACAUGCUCGAGGAGGGAAGAUUGUUGCGCGUCCGGGACGACGGGACGGGAAGAAGUGAGGAGACGUAGCGAAGACGUAGACGACUGAGAGUACGCAGACGAAGGGUGGUAAAGGGCAGGUUUUGUCGAGGGCGGGAAAUGCAGGUUCGAUUAGCGAGGAUUGCGAAAGAGGUAGGACGAUUUGGGUCCAGGGCCGGACUGAAUGAGGAGUACAAUGCGAGGUGAAGGUUAACAUUGGUGAAAGCAACGGUGGCCAGUGGCAGGAUUAGGAAAGCCGAUGUGCUUUAUAGUGCUUUCAAGCUAGUUCUGAGUUGCGUCCAAGAAGGGCUUCACAGGUUGCUGCCGGAGGGGCUGUUGUGAUGGACGUAUUAAAGUGGCGCGUUCUGCAUGAGGAGGUCUCCAGAGUGCAAGGAUUUGGGUGUCGAUCCUUGGCUGUCCCCGUUGGAGAAUGGCGUUACUUUGGCACUCGUCCUCGGAGUUUUUAAACAAUCUUAGCGAUUCUUUUGGACAAUGCGGUGUAGUAGUGGUGACAGUCGCGACGAUUAGUUAGUGAAAAGACGUUCUGUGGUAAAAUUCUUGUGCGGAAGUUGACAUCCAUGAGCACUUGUUGCUAGCAGUAACGUGGUCUAAUGCACCAGCGGCUUACAAUCAGCCCUCUGAUCUGGCAUAUAACAGUUAACAGGCAUGACGAAGCGUGCCUACAAACUACAGGAGUUUGUGGCACACUCUUCCAAUGUCAAUUGUCUUACCAUUGGAAAGAAGUCCUCAAGGGUGCUGGUCACCGGUGGCGAGGAUCAAAAAGUGAAUAUGUGGGCCAUCGGUAAACCGAACGCGAUUCUGAGCUUGUCUGGGCACACAAGUGCAGUGGAAUCUGUGACUUUCGAUGCUGCAGAAGUUCUUGUUGUUGCCGGUGCCGCAAGUGGUACCAUCAAGCUCUGGGACCUCGAAGAGGCUAAAAUUGUACGCACACUUACCGGGCACAGAUCUAAUUGUAUAUCAGUGAGCUUUCAUCCAUUUGGAGAGUUCUUCGCCUCAGGGUCCCUUGACACCAAUCUCAAAAUAUGGGACAUAAGACGUAAAGGAUGUAUACACACAUACAAAGGUCAUAGUCGUGGCAUUAAUACCAUCAAGUUCAGUCCUGACGGGCGCUGGGUGGUCUCUGGCGGAGAGGAUAACGUGGUGAAACUGUGGGAUCUCACUGCGGGAAAGCUCAUGCACGACUUUAAGUUCCACGAUGGAGAGAUACAAAGUUUAGAUUUUCAUCCACAGGAAUUUCUUCUAGCCUCAGGUUCUGCGGAUAGAACUGUUAAAUUUUGGGAUCUCGAAACUUUCGAGCUCAUUGGUUCUACUCCACCUGAGGCAACUGGAGUGAGAUCGAUGAUUUUCAAUCCCGACGGAAGAACCCUACUUUGUGGAAUGCAUGAGAGUCUGAAGGUGAUGUCGUGGGAACCUCUGAGAUGCCACGAUGUGAUUGACGUUGGGUGGUCCAAGCUGGCCGACUUGAGUGUUCACGAAGGGAAACUUCUCGGUGCAUCCUUCCAACAGAGUUGUGUCGGUGUCUGGGUCGUUGACCUGGCUCGUGUCCCUCCUUUUCAAACGGGUCACGCACCUCGAACGGGUGGUAAUAACGUUGGCAGCAGAGGUAGUGCGAAUGGAUAUCAAUCUAGCCAGCAUUCGAGUGUUGGAAACACUAGAAUCAACGGAAUCAAGUCCGCGCUACCAGAUAUGUUGGAAUCCGCCAUAUCCACUAUGAAAGAAGUGACGUUGGCCACCUCAAAGGACAGUGUGUUGAGCGCAACUUCUCGAACCGGUACUCCAUUGUCAAGUAGAAGCAGUUCGCUCCCUGCUUCCUCGCAGACACCGACAGUGAAUACCCCUCGAAGAAGUAACAGCACAAGGGUACACCCUGGAGUUGUGCGUUCGGUAAGUAGGUCAGAGGCGCGAGAUACUCCGAGUGCGAGGUCAGCUCCAGACGUUGAGCCGCACCCUCAGGUGCCUGUAACGCGGUCUGAAGACAUCCCGUCCUCCAGAUCUUCAGGUAGUUUGGCCUCGUUAGCGGGAAAACCUGAUCAGCGGAACUUAGAAGGCUUGAGAGGAGAUGCUGGUGCUGAUGCUAUGAGGAUAGAUUCGGCGAGGGCUGAUACAAGCUCUCAUCUAGAUGUCAGCACAACUUCUACAAAAGGAGUUGUCAAUGGCGACAGGGGUGGUCAUGAUGGAAACCCUCUAGCAGCGACAGCGAGAGCAACAGAUGAUGGAGAUGAUCCUCCUCCUCCACCGUGGCAUGAUGGGAGAAGACUCAAGCGGAGUUCGUCGUUUGGACCCCAUAGAAUCGAGAUUCUGCACAAGGGCCUACCUCCUUCUCAAACUCUUGGAGGUGAUGUUGGCGUGCCGCAAGUUAGUAGGCCCGCUAAUUCCAUGGAGGCCUCCACCACAGGUCGUCAUGAGGUGCCGAAAGCAAGAGGACUGAUUGCACAUUGGGAACGGAAGGAACGGCCUGAGAUGCUACCGAUGCCCUCCCACGGUAGUAACGGUGGAGUGAAACCUCUGGGAUUGGAUAUCAAUGCUUACAUUCCGAGAGGCCAUAUGAGUUCGGAGAUUAGUGGAUCAUCACAAUUUCCAGACGAAGACCUGAUUGAUAAGUUGAUGCAGCAACAUCACACUAUGGCAAGCAUCAUGCAGUCCCGUCUGACAAACAUGCAGGUGAUACGAAGAUUUUGGGUGAAAAACGACGUCAAGGGUGCUAUGGAGGCGAUGGCAAAACUCAAUGACCACUCUGUGUUGGUCGAUGUGCUAAGUGUAGUGAUGGAAAGAAGUAACGUUCUAUCUUUGGAGGUGUCUGGAUUGCUUCUGCCGCCCUUGACUGAUUUGCUCUUGAGUAAUAAUGAAAGGCAUAUUUUAACUGCUAUCGCAUUAAUAUCGAAGCUCGUGAAAACAUUCGGUCAGAUUAUUCAUUCCACAAUAUCUGUAGCUCCUGGCUCGUUGGGUGUUGACCUGCAAGCGGAGCAGAGGUACGAGCGUUGCAAGGUUUGUCACCGUGAGCUGCAACAAAUUAACCGCAGCUUGACAUCUUUAAUGAGGAAAGGUGGGGAGAUAGCAAAUGCCGCUCAGGAGCUGAGCAAGGCUAUUAAGGAAAUCUGAUUGACUUUUAGGUAGGUCCUACUAAUUGCGCAGCAAUGUCUAGUAGUUUCAGCACUCUUGGUUCGAAGUGGAACUUUGAAGCGGUCAAUAGCUCAAGAUUCUACGCCUGUGUUAUCAAUAAUACAAAUCAGGGCUGCAAAGUCAGCUAGUGCAAUGGUGCUGCCUGAAGAGCUUUUAGAUAACAUGUGUUGUCUGUUUGCCAUAAUUCUGCGCUAGAUUGACCAUUUUGACAUUCUGCUCUCCUUGACGAAAGUUUUGACAGUUUUUUUUCCUCCAGAACCAUUGGUUGAGUUGUUCUCAACGUACUUGAGCACUCAUAAAUUUCGUUUAAGUUGUUGGAGCUUUCCAUGUCUUCACUGGUUUUGGCAGCAAGAAGAGUUUGUAGGAGAAAAUGCUUUUGAGUUAAGGACUCAAAGAUUACGAAGUCCGCAAGAUAAAACAUGGAAGGCCACCAUUGGGCCUGUCUGUGUCUUCGAUUGUCUCAAGUUUUCCCAAUUUUACCGCGAACUACCAGUAGAAUUGUCAUGACACCAAGGUAUGAAAUCGGAUUCUCCUCGCUAGUACACUAGCCAUUCAAUGUAAUAUACACAUUCAAGAAUUGAGAGAAAAAUUUAUUUUCCACUAUGUUACACUACCCUAGGUAGUGGCAAGAAAUUGCCUGGCUAAAUGUACAUUGUGAUCGUGGAAGGGCAUAGCUUGUGUCUAGAGCCCACGAUCCUGGAAGAUGAAUCAGAAUGUAACCGCAUGGCAUGACGGGGAGUCAUGUGGACUAUUCACUCAGAAAUUCGACCUGGCAAAUAUGUGCUGGGUAUUAAAUGAAUCACAAUUAAUCGGAUUAUAUGGUUGAAACGAUUGUAACACUGUCUGAGUACUCAGUAGAUGAGUUCCGGUAGGGUGAUCUAGAUGAAGUGUCACACAGAAUGCAUGGAUACUCUGGCUUAGGUACAUGAUGUUCAUGGUGGAAUCGACCUCAACGAAAAGUGAUUGAGGAUUCACUCAUAGAAGGGACACAACUUUAAUUAAAGUGAAGUUCAUAGCAUUUCGAUUUUUUACGAUAUUCCUAGACACAUACGGUCCCAUCGGUC